UAUUGAUUGUAUAACGAGAUAUCUAGUUGGAUUAGGAAUGUAUUGGGCCAAAACUUAGUUCUUCCCAGUUGGAUGGCACAUGUCCAUCGCGUUAUUGAUCUAUCGGUGUAUUGGUCACACUAUAGUAAUAAAAUGGCCGAUGUGGAUGUCUUUAUUAGCAAUUACACCCUUGUUGAUCCCGAAAUUUACCAGCUAUGGAUCGAAGGGUUUUCCUCAAGCGAAGCCGUCUCCUACUUGAAACAGAAGGGUUUUGGCCAUUCCAUGGGAGCACCAAGCGACUUGAUUGCUUCCGAUGUCCUGGACCACUACCGCACCUAUUCGCUGAUAGAAUUAUAUCUGCACGCGCCCACCAAGCUGAUGGAACAGUCUUGCUUUCAACUAGAGCCGCAUAUGCGUGACUUGAUCACGGAGAAAUAUUAUUCCAUCGACGAUGUUGUAGCACGUGAAAUACUGGGCAAAAAACUGACUUCGCGCUACCGCAAGGACUUGGAUGAAGUGGCCGAGAAGACUUGCGUCAAGCUGAAGUCCUGCCGCCGUCAGUUCGACAACGUUAAGCGCAUAUUCAAAGCUGUGGAGGAGAUGCCCGGAACGCUGACCAACAACAUAAAGCAGCACUUCUUUAUAUCCAACGAUUUGGCAAAAAAGUAUGCAUGCAUCGUGUUCCUGGCCUGCUUGCGCUUUGAAACGACCAAAAAGAAGUUGCAAUAUUUAAGUUUCAGUGAUUUAUUGACCUGCUCACACUCAAUUAUGAUCUAUUGGACAUACACGUACCAGCACACUGGCCCCGAGUACUACGACACUGAAAUGGACAAAGAGUUCCUCCUAGAUCUGCGUGAAUUGCGCUGCCUGCUGGAUAAAGAAAAGGAGAUAAAACACCUCGUCUGCCUGCGCCUUAAGCCUGUCCUCCUUGACCGUGCCUUUCAUGAGUUGGACGGAAACUUUCGCUCAUAUUGGCGCGCCUUGAUCACAAUCGCCUGUAAUCUUCAUCGCAAUCGGGAACUGCGCGAUCUUUUCGUUGAUCUCUGUGAUAAACUGAUAGAUCCCUGGCGUCAGAACGGCUGGAACCGAGAGCAAGUUAAUAAAUUUCUAUCAUCCAUCACACAGAGCGUUCUGGAUUUGGAAAUUUCAAGAGAUCAGGAGACUCGAUGCCUUUGGGAUCGUUACAUGCAGGUCAUUACUAUAUGCCUGGAUAAAAUGUACCAUAUUUAACUUUACCUAGACUUCAUGUUAUGUAAAAAUGUUCGUUUGAAACCAUA